GCUGGCCCGACACUCUGAACGCCUUCAGUUGCGGUGAGGGUUGCACUUGGUCGUUGCAUUUGAAAUAGCGAGCUUUUUGCCUACAUUCCGGAAAAGAAGAUGGACGCCGGCGGGAUAAAGGUUCUGGAGACGGCGGAGGACAUCCAGGAGCGGCGGCAGCAGGUUCUGGACCGGUACCACUCCUUCAAGGAGCUGUCCAACCAGCGGAGGCAGAAGCUGGAGGACUCGUACCGCUUCCAGUUCUUCCGCCGAGACGCCGACGAGCUGGAGAAAUGGGUCCUGGAAAAGCUGCAGAUCGCCUCCGACGAGAACUACAAGGACCCCUCCAACCUGCAGGGGAAGCUGCAGAAGCACCAGGCAUUCGAGGCCGAGGUGCAGGCCAACGCGGGCGCCAUCGUGAAGCUGGACGGGGCCGGCAACCAGAUGAUCGCAGAGGGCCACUUCGCCGCCGAGAUGAUCCGCACUCGGUUGGAGGAGCUCCACAGGCUGUGGGAGCAGCUGCUGCAGAAGAUGAAGGAGAAGGGCGUCAGGCUGCUGCAGGCCAAGAAGCUGGUGCAGUACCUGCGCGAGUGCCAGGAGGCACUGGACUGGAUCAGUGACAAGGAAGCCAUCGUCACGUCGGAGGAACUGGGUCAAGAUCUGGAGCAUGUGGAGCUGCUGCAGAAGAAGUUUGAGGAGUUCCAGGCGGACCUGGCGGCCCACGAGGAGCGGGUGAGCGAGGUGAACCAGCAGGCCGGGCGUCUGAAGGAGGAGUCUCACCCAGAGGCGGAGCUUGUGGGGAAGAAGCAGGAAGAGGUGAACGCAGCCUGGCAGAGGCUGAAGGGCCUCGCCCAGCAGAGACAGACCAAGCUGUAUGGAGCGGCGGAGGUCCAGCGCUUCAACAGGGACGUGGAUGAGACCAUUGGCUGGAUUAAGGAGAAGGAGCAGCUGAUGGCGUCUGAUGAUUUUGGGAGGGAUCUGGCAAGUGUGCAGGCACUGCUUCGUAAGCAUGAGGGCCUGGAGAGAGACCUGGCAGCCCUGGGAGACAAGGUGAACACCCUGGGAGUGGAGGCGGAGCGUCUGCAGAAGACACACCCCCAGAACGCCACUCAGAUCCAGCAGAAGAGGAACGAGCUCAUCGCCAACUGGGAGCAGAUCCGUGCGCUGGCCGCCGAACGCCACACGCGCCUCAACGACUCCUACAGCCUGCAGCGCUUCAUCGCAGACUUCCGCGACCUCACCAGCUGGGUGACGGAGAUGAAGGCCCUGAUCAACGCUGACGAGCUGGCCAAUGACGUCGCCGGGGCGGAGGCUCUUCUGGACCGGCACCAGGAGCACAAGGGGGAGAUUGACGCCCAUGAGGAUGGGUUUAAGGCCACAGAUGAAGCCGGCCAGGCUCUGCUGAGCAGUGGACACUACGCUGCUGAGGAGGUCAAAGAGAAGCUGGGCGUGCUGACUGAGGAGAAGCAGUCUCUGCUGGAGCUGUGGGAACUACGCAGGCAGCAGUAUGAGCAGUGCAUGGACCUGCAGCUCUUCUACAGGGACACCGAGCAGGUGGACAACUGGAUGAGCAAGCAGGAGGCCUUCCUGUUGAACGAGGAUCUGGGCGACUCCUUGGACAGUGUGGAGGCUCUGCUAAAGAAGCAUGAAGACUUUGAGAAAUCACUCAGCGCUCAAGAGGAGAAGAUCACCGCACUGGAUGAAUUUGCCACCAAGCUGAUCCAGAACAGCCACUACGCCAAGGAGGACGUGGCCAUGCGAAGAGAUGCGCUGCUGAGCCGACGCAACGCCCUUCAUGAGCGCGCUCAGUCGCGACGCUCCGCCCUGGACGACUCCUUCCACCUGCAGCAGUUCUUCCGCGACUCGGACGAGCUCAAGAGCUGGAUCAACGAGAAGAUGAAGACCGCCACGGACGAGGCCUACAAGGACCCCUCAAACCUGCAGGGGAAGGUGCAGAAGCACCAGGCCUUCGAGGCCGAGCUCUCGGCCAAUCAGAGCCGCAUCGACGCGCUGCAGAAGUCCGGGCAGGAGCUGAAGGACGGGAAGCACUACGCCUCCGCGGAGGUGUCCGCCCGCAUGGAGGAGGUCGCCUCGCAGUGGAAGAAGCUUCUGGAAGCCACCGAGCUGAAAGGAAUCAAGCUGCGGGAGGCCAACCAGCAGCAGCAGUUCAACCGCAACGUGGAGGACAUCGAGCUGUGGCUGUACGAGGUGGAGGGUCACCUGGCCUCCGACGACUUCGGCAAGGACCUGACCAGCGUGCAGAACCUGCAGAAGAAGCACGCCCUGCUGGAGGCUGACAUCGCCGCUCACCAGGACCGUAUUGAUGGGAUCAGUAUCCAGGCUCGGCAGUUUCAGGAGGCGGGACACUUUGACGUGGAGAGCAUCCGGAAGAAGCAGGAGGCUCUGCUGUCGCGCUACGAGGCGCUGAAGGAGCCAAUGGCCGCCCGCAAGCAGAAGCUUUCUGAUUCGCUGCGGCUGCAGCAGCUGUUCCGUGACAUUGAGGACGAGGAGACCUGGAUCCGCGAAAAGGAGCCCAUCACAGCAUCCACCAACAGGGGGAAGGAUCUCAUUGGUGUGCAGAAUCUGCUGAAGAAGCACCAGGCCCUGCAGGCAGAGAUCGCGGGCCACGAGUCGCGGAUCAAGGCCGUCACACAGAAGGGCCAGGCCAUGGUGGAUGAAGGGCACUUUGCGGCAGAGGAGGUGAAGGGGAAGCUGGGAGAUGUAGGCGGGCGCUGGGAGGCGCUGAAGCGCCGGGCGGGGCAGCGCAGGCAGGACCUGGAGGACUCUCUGCAGGCCCAGCAGUACUUUGCUGACGCCAAUGAGGCCGAGUCCUGGAUGAGGGAGAAGGAGCCCAUCGUGGGGAGUGCCGACUACGGCAAGGACGAGGACUCUGCUGAGGCCCUGCUGAAGAAGCACGAGGCCCUGAUGUCCGACCUGAUUGCGUACGGCAGCAGCAUCCAGGCCCUGAAAGAAGAGGCCCAGUCCUGCAGGCAACAAGUGGCCCCUACAGACGAUGAGACAGGGAAGGAGCUGGUUCUGGCUCUGUACGACUAUCAGGAGAAGAGUCCCCGUGAGGUCACCAUGAAGAAGGGAGACGUCCUCACCCUACUCAACAGCACCAACAAGGACUGGUGGAAGGUGGAGGUGAACGAUCGGCAGGGCUUUGUCCCGGCCGCCUACGUCAGGAAGCUGGACCCCGCCCAGUCCUCAUCGCGGGAUAACCUCCUGGACGAGCAGGGCAGCAUUGCCACUCGACAGGAGCAGGUCGAGAGCCAGUCUCAGGUGAAGGUGGAGUGCAGUGUGUCUGCACGCAUGUCGCAGGUGGAGGAACUGUAUGGCAACUUGCUGGAGGUUGGAGAGAAGCGGAAGAAUGUUCUGGAAAACAGCUGUAAGAAGUUCAUGCUGUUCCGCGAGUCUAACGAGCUGCAGCAGUGGAUUAAUGAGAAGGAGGGCGCCCUGACCAACGAGGAGAUGGGGUCUGACCUGGAGCAGGUGGAGGUGCUGCAGAAGAAGUUUGACGACUUCCAGAAGGACCUGAAGGCCAACGAGUCGCGUUUGAAGGACAUCAAUAAGGUGGCGUCGGAGCUGGACUCUGUGGGGUUGAUGGCAGAGGAGGCCCCCGUGCAGGCACAGCACCAGGAUACAGUGGGCUCAGCUCCCGGAUCAGAUGAAGCGGACUCCAAAAACUCCUCGCCGUGGAAGUCGCUUCGUUUGGCUGUACAAACAACGGCCACCUUUAAUAGCAUCAAGGAGCUGAAUGAGCGCUGGAGGUCUCUGCAGCAGCUGGCCGAGGAGAGGAGCAACCUGCUGGGGAGCGCGCAUGAGGUGCAGAGAUUCCACAGGGACGCGGAUGAAACCAAAGAGUGGAUCGAGGAGAAGAACCAGGCCCUGAACACGGACAACUUCGGUCACGACCUGGCGAGCGUGCAGGCACUGCAGCGUAAACACGAGGGCUUCGAGAGAGACCUGGCAGCCCUGGGAGACAAGGUGAAGUCGCUGGGCGAGACGGCGGAGCGUCUCAUGCAGUCCCACCCCGAGGCCGCUGAUGACAUCACGGAGAAGCGCAGCGAGCUCAACACAGCCUGGACCAGCCUGGUGGGGCGAGCAGACCAGCGCAAGGAGAGGCUGGGGAACUCUCACGACCUGCAGCGCUUCCUCAGCGACUUCAGGGAUCUGAUGUCCUGGAUUAAUGGGAUUAGAGGCCUGGUCUCCUCAGAGGAGCUGGCGAAGGAUGUGACAGGAGCAGAGGCUCUACUGGAGAGACACCAGGAGCACCGCACAGAGAUCGAUGCGCGUGCCGGAACAUUCCAGGCCUUCGAGCAGUACGGGCAGCAGUUGCUGGGGCGGGGCCACUACGCCAGCCCGGAGAUCCAGCAGCAGCUGCAGGCGCUGGACAGCGAGCGGGCGGGGCUGGAGAAGGCCUGGGCCCAGCGCCGGGUCAUGCUGGAGCAGUGCCUGCAGCUACAGCUGUUUAACAGGGACUGCGAGCAGGCAGAGAUCUGGAUGGCCGCGCGUGAGGCCUUCCUGGCCAGCGAUGAUAAGGGUGACUCCCUGGACAGCGUGGAGGCGCUCAUCAAGAAGCACGAGGACUUUGACAAAGCCAUCAACGUGCAGGAGGAGAAGAUCGCAGCGCUGCAGUCAUUUGCAGAUCAGCUGAUCGGUGCCAACCACUACGCCAAACCCGACAUCUCUAACCGCCGCAACCAAGUCCUGGACAGGUGGAGGCGGCUGAAGGCCCAGAUGAUCGAGAAGCGCUCUAAGCUGGGCGAGUCGCAGACGCUGCAGCAGUUCAGCCGUGACGUGGACGAGAUCGAGGCCUGGAUCAGCGAGAAGCUGCAGACCGCCAGCGACGAGUCCUACAAGGACCCCACCAACAUCCAGUUGUCCAAACUGCUGAGCAAACACCAGAAGCACCAGGCCUUUGAGGCAGAGCUCCACGCCAAUGCCGACCGUAUCCGCGGCGUCAUCGACACCGGCAACACCCUCAUCCAGAGGGGAGCCUGCGCCGGGAGCGAGGACGCUGUCAAGGUGCGUCUCAGUGCUCUGGACGAGCAGUGGCAGUUCCUGGUUCACAAGUCGGCUGAGAAAAGUCAGAAACUGAAGGAGGCCAACCGACAGCAGAACUUCAACACCGGCAUCAAAGACUUCGACUUCUGGCUGUCUGAGGUGGAAGCUUUGCUUGCCUCUGAGGAUUAUGGGAAGGAUUUGGCCUCCGUCAACAAUCUGCUGAAGAAACACCAGCUGCUGGAGGCUGAUAUCUCCGCCCAUGAGGAGCGUCUGAAGGACCUGAACGGCCAGGCGGACAGCCUGAUGACGAGUGACGCGUUCGACACCACCCUGGUGAAGGAGAAGCGCACCGCCGUGAACGCCCGCUUCGCCAAGAUCCAGAGCAUGGCCGCCGGCCGCCGCCGCAAGCUGGACGAGUCACACCGCCUGCACCAGUUCUUCAGGGACCUGGACGACGAGGAGUCCUGGAUCAAAGAGAAGAAGUUGCUGGUGAGCUCAGAGGACUACGGGCGUGAUCUGACCGGAGUUCAGAACCUGCGCAAGAAACACAAGAGACUGGAGGCUGAUCUGGGGACCCACGAGCCGGCCAUACAGUCAGUGCUAGACACAGGGAAGAAGCUCUCGGAUGAUAACACUAUUGGGCAGGAGGAGAUCCAGCAGCGGCUGGCCCAGUUCGUGGAGCACUGGAAGGAGCUGAAGGACCUGGCUGCUGCACGGGGGAAGAGGCUGGAGCAGUCGUUGGAGUAUCAGCAGUUUGUGGCGAACGUGGAGGAGGAAGACGCCUGGAUCAAUGAGAAGAUGAACGUGGUGGGGAGUGAGGACUAUGGAGACACACUCGCCGCAGUGCAGGGUUUGCUGAAGAAGCACGAGGCGUUUGAGACGGACUUUACUGUGCACAGGGACAGAGUCAAUGAUGUGUGUGCCAACGGGGAGCAGCUGGUUAAGAAGAAUAACCACCACGUGGAGAACAUCGCGGCCCGUAUGAAGGCCCUGCGGGGCCGUGUGGUGGAGCUGGAGCGAGCUGCCGCCCAGAGGAAGGCCAAGCUGGACGAGAACUCCGCCUUCCUGCAGUUCAACUGGAAGGCCGACGUGGUGGAGUCCUGGAUCGGUGAGAAGGAGAACAGCCUGAAGACUGAUGAUUACGGCCGUGACCUCUCCUCUGUGCAGACACUCCUCACUAAGCAGGAGACGUUUGACGCGGGGCUCCAGGCCUUCCAGCAGGAGGGCAUCUCCAACAUCACGGCGCUGAAGGACCAGCUGCUGGCGGCCAAACACGUGCAGUCCAAAGCCAUCGAGGCUCGCCAUGCCGCCCUCAUCAAACGCUGGAACCAGCUGCUCUCCAACUCCACCGCCCGCAAGAAGAAACUGCUGGAGGCACAGGAGCACUUCAGGAAGGUGGAGGACCUCUUCCUGACCUUCGCCAAGAAGGCGUCGGCCUUCAACAGCUGGUUUGAGAAUGCGGAGGAGGACCUGACGGACCCGGUGCGCUGUAACUCUCUGGAGGAGAUCCGGGCACUGCGGGACGCCCACGAGGCCUUCCGCUCCUCCCUCAGCUCCGCCCAGGCCGACUUCACCCAGCUGGCCGAGCUGGACCGCCAGAUCCACAGCUUCCAGGUCAUGUCCAACCCCUACACCUGGUUCACCAUGGAGGCCCUGGAGGAGACCUGGCGCAACCUGCAGAAGAUCAUCAAGGAGCGAGAGCAGGAGCUGCAGAAGGAGCAGCGCCGCCAGGAGGAGAAUGAUAAACUGCGGCAGGAGUUUGCUCAGCACGCCAACGCCUUCCACCAGUGGCUGCAGGAGACCAGGACGUACCUGCUCGACGGCAUAGCCUACCGGCGGGUCAUCCAUGUCUGUCAGUACGAAGUCGAUGACGACCUCGCUGGAAGGUCCUGCAUGGUGGAAGAGUCUGGAACCCUGGAGUCACAGCUGGAAGCCACAAAGCGUAAGCACCAGGAGAUCCGGGCCAUGCGCAGUCAGCUGAAGAAGAUUGAGGAUCUGGGCGCGGCCAUGGAGGAGGCCCUGAUCCUGGACAAUAAGUACACGGAGCACAGCACCGUGGGGCUGGCCCAGCAGUGGGACCAGCUGGACCAGCUGGGCAUGAGGAUGCAGCACAACCUGGAGCAGCAGAUCCAGGCCAGGAACACCACUGGAGUUACCGAGGAGGCCCUGAAAGAGUUCAGCAUGAUGUUCAAGCACUUUGACAAGGAGAAGUCAGGCCGGCUGAACCACGAGGAGUUCAAGUCGUGCCUGCGCUCUCUGGGGUACGACCUGCCCAUGGUGGAGGAGGGGGAGUCAGACAUGGAGUUCGAGUCCAUCCUGGACACUGUGGACCCCAACAGGGAUGGCCAGGUGUCUCUGCAGGAGUACAUGGCCUUCAUGAUCAGCCGGGAGACGGAGAACGUCAAGUCCAGCGAGGAGAUCGAGAGCGCCUUCCGAGCCCUUAGCGCCGAGAACAAGCCCUACGUCACCAAGGAGGAGCUGUACCAGAACCUGACUAAGGAGCAGGCCGACUACUGCAUCUCACACAUGAAGCCCUACCUGGACAGCAAGGGCCGUGAGAUGCCCUCCUCCUUCGACUUCGUGGAGUUCACCCGCUCGCUGUUCGUCAACUGACCCCCCCGCCCCCCAGCGCCGGCCCGCCCGCCCGCCCGGGACGCCCGGCUCCCUCUCGGCCCCUGCGGCUAGUUUAGCAUGGCGACCUCCCUCUCCAGCACUCGAUAGCUCCAGCUCUGUGUGCGCGCACUUAUCCCGCAGUAAACCGCGACAGUCCGUCUGCUCUGUGGCUGUGCUUGUUGUAGCCGUGAUGAAAAUGAAAAAAUAAACGCUUCUGCUCGAUUUUACAGCCAGCUCAAACGACCACGCUAAAGGGGGGGAAGACUUUGUGUGUUUAAAUUAAACGCUUCCUGACUGUGA